AAGGUGGGAAUGGGACAAGUAGCAGUUCAGCUGGAUCAGCGGAAACGAGUCAUCUUUCCUUUCAACACCAACAGCAUCACUGUUGAAUGUUUCUAAAAGAAGAGAAGAGAAAGUAUAAUCUAAGUCUGGCAGAAAUGGCAUCUGAAAACAAAGCAAAGACACAUGCUAAUGGAAAGGCUGCUGAGAUGACUAUUGCAGACGUUUCUGAAGCUGAAAGCAAAAACAAUAAAAAAAAGAAAAACAAAGAAAAGCCUAAAAUGAUCAGCCCAUUUGCAAUGUUCCGUUACUCCGACUGGCUGGAUGAGUUGUUAAUGGCACUAGGCGCUAUCAUGGCUGUGCUUCAUGGAGCUUCCCUUCCACUCAUGAUGAUUGUUUUUGGAGAUAUGACAAAUAGUUUUGUUGCAUCAGGAAUUGCUAAUCUAACUAAUAUUUCUCUGGGUACAGAGACGCUACAAGACCAAAUGACAAGAUAUGCAUACUAUUAUUCAGGUCUAGGAGCUGCUGUUCUUAUCGCUUCCUAUGUGCACAUUGCAUGCUGGACGCUUGCAGCUGGCCGCCAGAUCAAGAGAAUUAGGCAAUGUUUUUUCCAUGCCAUCAUGCGGCAAGAAAUCGGGUGGUUUGAUAUAAAUGAUGUUGGGGAACUAAAUACUCGACUUAUUGAUGAUGUCUCCAAAAUCAAUGAAGGAAUUGGCGAUAAAAUUGCAAUGUUAAUUCAGGGAGUAUCUACAUUCCUAGCUGGAUUUAUAAUCGGGUUCGUUAAAGGAUGGAAAUUGACUCUUGUCAUUCUUGCAGUCAGUCCUGUUCUGGGUCUCUCAGCAGCAAUAUGGGCAAAGGUCCUUACCGCAUUCACCAGUAAGGAGCUUGCUGCCUAUGCCAAAGCUGGAUCAGUCGCUGAGGAGGUCCUAGGAGCAAUUAGGACAGUGAUAGCUUUUGGAGGACAGAAGAAAGAAAUUGAGAGGUAUCAUAAAAAUUUAGAAGAUGCGAAAAACAUUGGAAUAAAGAAAGCUGUAACGGCCAACAUUUCCAUGGGAAUUGCUUUCUUAUUAAUCUAUGCAUCAUAUGCAUUGGCUUUCUGGUAUGGAACUACCUUGGUAUUACAUGAAGGUUAUCAAAUUGGAGAAGUCCUUACGGUCUUUUUUGCUGUGCUAAUUGGAGCAUUUUCCGUUGGUCAAGUGACUCCCAACCUGGAAGCGUUUGCAAUUGCAAGGGGAGCAGCUUAUGCAAUAUUCAGUAUCAUAGAUAAUGAACCUCAAAUUGACAGUUUUUCAGAAACAGGCUACAAACCUGACCAUAUUAAAGGAAAUCUUGAGUUCCGAAACGUGUAUUUCAAUUAUCCAUCGAGGCCAGAUGUCAAGGUUUUACAAGGUUUGAAUCUGAAGGUUAACAGUGGCCAAACGGUAGCCUUGGUAGGCAGCAGUGGUUGUGGAAAAAGCACAACAGUCCAAUUGAUACAGAGGUUUUAUGAUCCUACAGAAGGCAUGAUUACCAUCGAUGAGCAGGAUAUUAAAACUCUGAACCUGCGGUAUCUGAGGGAGAUUAUAGGUGUGGUGAACCAGGAACCUGUGCUGUUUGCCACUACGAUUGCAGAAAACAUUCGAUAUGGCCGUGAAGAUGUCACCAUGGAAGAGAUGGAAAAAGCUGCCAAAGAAGCCAACGCCUAUGACUUCAUCAUGAAAUUGCCUGAUAAGUUUGAAACCAUGGUUGGAGAAAGAGGGGCACAGCUCAGCGGAGGACAGAAGCAGAGGAUCGCGAUUGCCCGAGCCCUUGUUCGGAACCCCAAGAUUCUCUUGCUGGAUGAAGCGACGUCGGCUUUGGAUACCGAAAGUGAAGCUGUGGUCCAAGCAGCACUGGACAAGGCAAGGGAAGGCCGCACAACUAUCAUCAUAGCCCAUCGUUUGUCUACAGUCCGAAAUGCCGACCUUAUCGCUGCUUUUGAAGAUGGCGCCAUCACAGAGCAAGGGUCUCAUCAUGAGCUAAUGCAAAAGAAAAGAGUUUAUUUCAAACUUGUUAAUAUGCAGUCUAUUGAAACCGAGUUUCAGUCAGAUGAUGAAGAUGAGUCCAGUUUCAAAAGGCACACAUCAGAGGACGUAUCCAAAGACUCAUCAAAUGGAUUGAGACGCCGUUCAACUCGCAGGAGCUUGAAAAAACCAGAAGCACAGAAGGAAGACCUUGAGGUUCAAAUUGUUCAGCCUGAUGAAAAUAUGCCCCCAGUUUCUUUUCUGAAGAUUAUGAAGCUCAAUCAAUCUGAAUGGCCUUACUUUUUGGUGGGCACAUUGUCUGCAAUCAUCAAUGGUAUCCUGCAACCUGCGUUUUCAAUAAUAUUUUCAGAAAUAAUUGGGAUUUUUGCAAUUCCGAACAAAACCAUUAUCCGAGAAAAGAGCAAUUUGUACUCAUUGCUAUUCUUAGGACUUGGAUUCAUUUCCUUCGUAACAUUUUUCCUCCAGGGGUUCACCUUUGGCCGAGCUGGAGAAAUCCUUACAAUGAAGAUUCGUUACAUGGGAUUCAAAGCAAUACUUAGACAGGACAUUGGAUGGUUUGAUGACCCUAAAAACAACACUGGAGCAUUAACUACAAGACUUGCUCAUGAUGCUUCUGAAGUAAAAGGUGCUACAGGGGCCAGGCUAGGCAUGAUUGCCCAAAACCUUGCUAACCUUGGAACGGGGGUUAUUAUAUCACUGGUGUUUGGCUGGCAGUUGACCCUUUUAAUCUUGGCUGUUGUGCCCAUCAUUGCCAUAGGAGGGCUCAUUGAAAUGAGGAUGUUGUCUGGACAUGCCAAGAAAGACAAGAAGGAACUUGAAAGUGCAGGGAAGAUUGCAACAGAAGCAAUAGGGAAUAUCCGAACUGUUGCUUCCCUUACCCAGGAAAGAAAAUUUGAACUAAUGUAUGGACACAAUUUGGAAGCACCAUACAGAAAUUCUGUGAAGAAAGCACACAUUCAUGGACUAACUUUUGGCGUUUCCCAAGCAAUGAUGUACUUUACCUAUGCGGGUUGUUUUCGAUUUGGCGCCUACCUUGUGGACAAUGAAUAUAUGGAGUUUAAGGCUGUUUUCUUGGUUUUCUCCUGUAUUGUUUUUGGUGCCAUGGCACUAGGACAGACGUCUUCCUUUACACCAGACUAUGCCAAAGCCAAGAUAUCUGCAGCUCAGAUGUUCAUGCUGUUUGAAAGAGUGCCCUUAGUAGAUAACUACAGUGAUGAAGGACUGAAGCCUGAAAGGUUUGGGGGAAAUAUAGCAUUUAAAGAAGUGGCUUUCAACUAUCCAACCCGGCCAGAUGUCUCGGUGCUCCAAGGAUUGAGUGUCGCCGUCGAGAAGGGAUGGACGUUGGCUCUUGUGGGAAGCAGUGGCUGUGGAAAAAGCACGCUGGUUCAGUUGCUGGAAAGAUUCUAUGACCCCCUCAGUGGAGAAGUGCUCCUGGAUAGCCAAAAUGCAAAGCAGUUAAAUAUCCAGUGGCUGCGAUCCCAGAUUGGGAUUGUCUCUCAAGAACCGGUCCUCUUUGACUGCAGUAUUGCUGAGAACAUUGCCUAUGGCGAUAACAGCAGAAAUGUGCCGUUUGAUGAGAUCGUCGAGGCAGCAAAAGCCGCCAACAUACACUCCUUCAUUGAAUCCUUACCAGAUAAAUACAAUACUGCUGUGGGUGACAAAGGGACUCAGCUCUCUGGGGGCCAAAAACAACGCAUUGCGAUUGCUCGUGCUCUCGUCCGCCAGCCAAGAAUUCUUCUGCUUGAUGAAGCAACUUCUGCACUUGAUACUGAAAGUGAAAAGGUUGUCCAGGAGGCUCUGGAUAAAGCCAGACAAGGCCGCACCUGCAUUAUAAUAGCACAUCGUUUAUCUACAGUGCAGAAUGCUGACAGUAUAGCAGUGAUUCAGAAUGGGAAGGUCCUAGAACAAGGAACGCAUCAGCAACUACUGGCCAGGAAAGGAAUGUAUUACUCCCUAGUCAAUGUUCAGGCAGGAUCAGCCCAAUUAUAAAUUACAAAGUGAACAUUGCUAGAGGUUGUUUUUUUUUAGAGAGAUGACCAUUAAAAGGUACUGUUUAUACCACUCCCAGAUUAAAUUAAGUCAACUGGCCCUACUGUUGGGUUCAAUUUUAGUAACAAUUCUCAAAAUGAAUCGUGUCAUCCUGAGCUCUUCACAUUUGGGCUGUUACCUUUUAUUGUUCUCAGGGGCUGUCUAAAAAUCAUCUUUGCCCCAUGGUGGCUGCGUUGCCAGUUCACUGAAACCACGUGGCAAAGAGAUGAAGACGUGCAGUGGAAAAGUCGGGGACUUACCCUGACUUUUCCUGCUGGAUUGUGGUUGACACGGCUCUUCCGCUGUCUGUCCUUACUCCGGCACCACACCGGGGGGGGGGGGUGUUCUCAGGAAGAAGGCAACCUCCCAUUGGUCACCAGAAGCUGGGGGAGGGGGCAGGCGCAGCGAGCUGAAUGGCUACCCAAAAGCCUGCACUGCCUCCCUUCAUGUGGAUAACUUGCCACCACCCUGCAGCAGCGAUACCACGGGGUUUGGUGGCAGAGCAGCACCAAGACGCAUCAUGAAAGCAGGGCCUGAACUACGUACACAGUACUUUUGAAGGUUACAUUUGUAUGAUCACUCCAAAGACUUUGUUAAAAAACACGUACUGCAAACUAGAAGUGUUGGGUCAAGGAGACCCCUUUGUGUCCCAGAAGCCUAAAGACGGGAGUGCUUUAAAACCCAAUUAUUUCUGGAUUCCUGGUGAAAAAUUUCAAACCAUUUUGGUUGUCAGUUCCUGACAAACCUGAAAAAUACCUUGGUAUAAAGAACCGAGACAUUGGUAAUUUCCACUGAAUUUAAAUUCUAAAGCAACAACUUUUUGUUUCGCUAAAGGACGUGUUUGGGACCUAGACAAGGCUUUGCUAGCUGUUCUUUGCUAUUUUUGCCAAGUUAAAAAAAGAAGCAAAACAGUAUUAAUUGCCUAGGGAAAAUAUAUCUUUUAUCUUCAUUUCCCAAAUCCUGUUGUACAAAGUGCGUUCUAUUAGAAUACACACUGGAAGGUUUAUUUUCAACUAAAAUAUUAAUAUUUAAAAUAAAAUAAAUACUUUCCCAAUGUCAA